UGUCAUGCACUGCCUCCAAGCGUUUAUUCUUGAAAUAGCAUCCCUUUUCCGAUACGUCACCAAACUGCGACAUAGCGAGUAAAAAGCGCCACAUUUUUUCGGCAUUUUCAGCGUUACCAGUUUAUAACCAUAGUUUCACAAAUUUUGGGCAUUAGGAAUAGCGUUAAUGCACUAUGAGUUUAUUUGGGGCAAACACCGGGUUUGGAACAGGAGGGACCGGUGUCUUUGGAAACACAACAACAGACAGCCAUAAUCCCAUGAAGGAUGUUGAAGUGACUUCCCCUCCAGAUGACAGCAUCAGCUGUCUGGCUUUCAGCCCCCCUACUAUGCCAGGCAACUUCCUCAUUGGAGGAUCCUGGGCCAAUGAUGUCCGGUGCUGGGAGGUGCAAGACAAUGGACAGACUGUCCCCAAAGCCCAACAGACGCAUGCAGGUCCAGUGCUGGAUGCAUGCUGGAGUGAUGAUGGGAGUAAAGUCUUCACUGCUUCCUGUGACAAAACAGCCAAGAUGUGGGAUCUUAACAGCAAUCAAGCAAUGCAGAUUGCACAGCAUGACGGCCCGAUCAAAGCAAUCCACUGGAUAAAAGCCCCAAACUACAGCUGUAUCAUGACUGGCAGUUGGGACAAAACACUGAAGUUCUGGGACACCCGCUCUCCCAAUCCCAUGAUGUCUCUGCAGAUGCCAGAGAGAUGCUACUGUGCAGAUGUUGUGUACCCCAUGGCAGUGGUUGCCACAGCUGAGAGAGGACUGAUAGUGUACCAGCUGGAGAACCAGCCCUCUGAGUUUCGCAGAAUAGACUCUCCCCUCAAACAUCAGCACCGGUGUGUCGCCAUAUUUAAGGACAAGCAGAACAAGCCCACAGGCUUUGCACUGGGAAGCAUUGAGGGCCGAGUGGCCAUCCACUAUAUCAACCCUCCAAACCCAGCCAAAGACAACUUCACCUUUAAGUGCCACAGGUCCAAUGGAACCAACACAACCACUCCACAGGACAUCUAUGCUGUGAAUGCCAUCUCCUUCCAUCCUGUCCAUGGCACGCUGGCUACAGUGGGCUCAGACGGGCGCUUCAGCUUCUGGGACAAAGACGCCCGCACCAAGUUAAAGACCUCAGAGCAGCUCGACCAGCCCAUUACGGCUUGCUGCUUCAACCAAAAUGGCAACAUUUUUGCAUAUGCUUCCAGUUAUGACUGGUCAAAGGGCCAUGAGUACUACAACCCCCAGAAAAAGAACUACAUCUUCCUGAGGAACGCUGCGGAGGAGCUGAAGCCUCGGAACAAGAAAUGAUUUGUCGUGCCAAGUCGCAUCUCUUGUGGGGAAAUGCGGAAGACCUGCUGCUUUAGUGUGUGUAUACGCCCGAGACAGACUCCUUCCUCUCGUCAAACACCUGGACCAAUGCCGUGGUGCUGCGUACUGUGCGUGGACUAAUCAGAAGGGCCUACCCAACCUGGCGCUGAUGACAGCUGCAUGACAAUUGGUCUUAGAGGUCAUCAUAGAGGGGGCUUUAUUUGUCAUUCAUUUUGAUGUUUCUUUUUUUAUGUGUCCAGCUCUUCAUUUUUUACAGCUUUCCAAAGACUUUUCAUUCUUUUAUGAUUUGCUGUUCCUCUGUGGUUUAGCUCCAUUAAUGAAACUGGGAUGUAAAAUAAAUAAGUGCAUACCAUUAGAUUUGAACAUGUUUAUUCCAACCUAAGGGAGAAAUUAGGUUAAAAAAUAACCUAUUGUGUUUGCUGUAUAAAUGUUUGUAGGGGAUUCACUGAACUGUAUUGUGCAUGCGAAGCCAUGUACUUGACAACUAUCUCAUAUUUCAGCUGUAAAUCUCUUCAUCGUGUUGGUCUCUGACAUUGGCAUCACAAAAUCAAAAUGAUAAACUUUGGACAGCAUCUGUAUCACAAUGA